AUGACAGAUGCUGCACUGAAAGCUCAAGCUGUUAAUGUCCAGCCUAUUGCUGUUCCAUCAAUUCAUGGGGAUGAAUUGAAAGAAAUAACUGAUAACUUUGGCUCUGAUUCUUUAAUUGGGAAAGGCAUAUAUGGGCUUGUAUAUUAUGGAAUUUUUAAGAAUGGUCGGACUGCUGCGAUAAAGAAGUUGGAUGCAAGCAAGCAACCAGAUGACGAACUCUUAGCCCAGGUUUCUAUGGUGUCGAGGCUAAAACAUGAAAAUUUUGUUGAAUUACUUGGUUAUUGUGUUGAUGGAAAUCAGCGUAUUCUUGCAUAUGAAUUUGCAUCUAAUGGAUCUCUUCACGAUAUACUUCAUGGAAGGAAAGGUGUUAAAGGGGCACAACCUGGUCCUGUUCUUUCAUGGGCACGACGUGUAAAGGUUGCAGUAGGUGUUGCUAAGGGACUUGAAUAUUUGCAUGAAAAAGCAGAUCCUCACAUCAUCCACUGUGAUGUUAAGUCCAGCAAUGUGUUAAUCUUUGAUGAUGAUGUUGCUAAACUUGCAGACUUUGAUUUGUCAAAUCAAGCUCCUGAUUUUCUUGGGACAUUUGGUUACUAUGCUCCUGAAUAUGCAAUGACUGGGCAGCUGAACUCAAAGAGUGAUGUCUACAGCUUUGGUGUUGUCCUUCUAGAGCUUCUCACAGGACGUAAGCCUGUUGAUCAUACAUUACCUCGUGGGCAGCAAAGUCUAGUUACAUGGGCUACGCCAAAGCUGAGUGAAGACAAGGUCAAGCAAUGUGUUGAUGGAAGAUUGGGAGGAGAAUACCCUCCUAUGUCAGUCGCUAAGAUGGCUGCUGUUGCUGCCUUGUGCGUCCAAUAUGAAGCUGAUUUCCGGCCAAACAUGAGCAUCGUAGUCAAAGCCCUCCAGCCACUUUUAAAUGCUCGGCCAGGACCUGCUGGUGAAGCUGGCCAGACAUGA